CCAGAUGUCGCUCACAGUGAGAUUCGUACGACCGAAAGACAUUGGAAUAACGGAAAUACGCGUUGAUACGCGUGACGACGACUUGAGCCACGCGCUUGUCCAUUCUCGUUCAAAUUAUUGUCGAGAUUCUUCCUCUCGACUCCGUCGAGUAAAGUCCUAUUGCCAAAGACAAGACUACUGUCCGGUAGAUCAGUCUUGAGGGAAGCACUCCAACGUGAUUGCUUCUUUCUUUCCUCGCCAAUUUCUACGGUUUAGAAUGAACAGGAAGGUCGGGGGCCUGGUCGAAAUCGACCAAACGCGCCUUGGUAACGCGGAUUCGGUAUCGUGAUUCAGCUAAUUUCUGGCAAAGAGACGGAGCUGGUCGGAUCGAGUCGUACGCGUGGAACGAACAGACGCGGGUCACUGCACCGACGGUCGCGAACAAAACUGACCCCUGCGAUUCGCGUGUAAUUUGCGAGGGCUGCUCCGUCUAUGCCGCGCCGAUCACGUUUUGUAAUUAAAUCCGGGCCGCCGGCAAUCCGGCCGCUGUCUGAAACACUGGUCGCCGCUGUAAUUGGAACGUCCAGAUGAAGCUGCUGAAGUUUUUGCUCCGUUACUUCCCGCCAGGGCUCGCGUUGGAGUACACACAGGGCGGAGUCGUCAAGACGAAGAUGAUCGACCUCCUGGAUCUGUCUGCUGAAACGGACGUGAGGGCAUUAGCGGAGAGCAUAAAAGCGGCCGAGCCGGUAGUAACCGAAAGUGUAACGGAGCAGUUAGUGGAGACCUUGCAGAAGCUGCAAGCCAAAGUUUGCGACACGAACGCGAAACCCUACUACAAAUACAAAACGUUGCAGACCCAUCUUCUACCUCUCACGAAUAUCGCGUUCGAUAAACUAGGUAAAAGAUGCCUGACGGGCAGCUACGACCGGACGUGUAAAGUUUGGAACAUCGACAGUGGAACGGAGCUUCUUACUCUCGAAGGCCAUAAGAACGUGGUCUACACCGCGUCUUUCAACAACCCAGCCUCGGAUAAAAUCGUGACCGGUUCGUUCGACGCGACUGCGAAGAUCUGGUGCUCUCGAACGGGCCAUUGCGUGCAGACCAUGUGGGGUCACAGCGCGCAAGUGGUCGUCGCGAAAUUCUCACCUAGCAACGACAAAGUCGCGACGGGCUCUUUGGACGCGACGUCGAAAAUUUUUCAAACAGAAACCGGCCGGGAAUUGGCGACGCUGAGGGGUCACACGCAAGAGAUAGUCGCCUUGCACUACGACAACGACGGGAAUCAAAUGAUAACGGGUUCGUUCGACGGUACCGUCAGCAUCUGGGACACGAGGACCGCCAGCCGUACGAGCGUGUUGAUCGGUCAUCGAGCGGACUUGUCGAACUGCGUGUACAAUUUCGAUUGCUCGUUGAUCGGCUCGUCGUCGAUGGACAAGACGGCCAAAGUGUGGGAAACGCGGAUGAACAGAUGCUUGGCCACUCUUCGUCGACACGAUGACGAGGUUCUGGACCUGUCCUUCGACAAUAACGGGAAAAAGCUGGCGACCGCGAGCAGCGACACCACUGCUCGCGUCUGGGACGUGAGCAGUAGUUUCAAACAGCUCGCUUGGAUGAAAGAUCACCGGGACGAGGUCUCCAAAGUCUGUUUCAGUCCGAACGGUCAGCAGCUGUUGACAGCGUCCUCCGACAAGACGUCCAAGCUGUGGUCUCUGGAAGAUGGACGGUGCGUUCAGACCCUCGGGGGCCAUGCGGACGAGGUCUUUAGCUGCGCGUUCUCAUACAACGGCGACACCAUCGUCACCGCUAGCAAAGAUAACACCUGUAUCAUCUGGAGGUGACUCGACUGGUUUCAAGCGUGUCCUUAGCUCUUGCUAGUUGCCCUGUUCGUCGCUUACGUUAUAUACUUUUAUGUACUUUAAGAGGUAUGUUCGUCACGCUGUUUCUGCGAUACGAUUCACAUUGAAGACUACUACUUCGAAAACGAGUUCCGCUCGGCCCGAUCAGGGUUUUGAGAACAUCUCACCGAUCACGACGUUUGUACUACCGCUGUUGCAUGUUAUGUUUGUAACAAAUUAAUUCCGUUCGAUGCUUGCGGAACCGUGUAUUUCGCAAUUGUCGUGCACACAAUAUUUGCGACAGCCGACGUUCGCUCAAAAGACGCAAGGAAGUCGCAAACACGGUGUCUCGAACUUGUCGAUGGACGAUGGCGUUACCGUUCAUGCGUAUAACAAAUCCGUGAAGCGGAAUAAAUAUCGUUGGACGAUCGUUGGCAAUAGCACGAUACCUCUGCCGUCCCCGAAUAAUGAUCAUGAACAAACUUGUUAAAUUAUAACGCGAAACGGUGUCGCGAGCGCGGUACGAUCGUUCAAUCAAAAUGAAAAGCAGUGGCAGCGUUUUACAGCGGAACGUGAACGGAACACUUGUCGGAACGUUUAUUUAACCUUUUGAACCUUUAAUGGUUCCUCGUCGCCGACACGGUAAUUGAAGCAACGUAUCGCACGAGGAAUCGUGUAACUGUAUGCACGUGGUCAACGUUAUCGGCAUACUUUGCCGGUGACCGUGACCGAAGGACGAGACAAUCUACUGAAAUUCAUGGGUAUGCUCUCUACCGAAGUCAUCAAUCCAUGGAUAAUUAUUGUUUGCAAGAUAUGUCAUUGGUUUUGAAACGCUGAAAGCUUGUAAUUUAGAGUGUUCGAUAAAGAGAAACGAGGCCGUAGGCCGUAGACGAUAGCGCGAACUAGUGAAACGUAAUUUUUAAAUCGUCGAUCAAUUCGUAUAGUGUAAUAACGAAAAUUGCGAUUAAACGCUGCCCGGUUCGGCUGUUAUCCGAUGCGGCUGGGAAAAGCAUAAAAGCUGACCAGGCUUCGGGCUUUUGAUCGCACGAGUCGGUAUCGGACGCGUUCUGGCAUGGUACCAAGAAUUACGCGCGUUCCAACUUUUAAAACGGCAUCGAGAUAAAUUCAGUUUCGUAUCGGGUGUACGAAACAACGUUCAGGCCGUUUACGCACUACACUGGAUCUCUACGUCGAAGUAAAUGUAUUAGAGAAACUCGUUCGGGUCUGACUCAGAUUAUUAUCUAAUACAGUUGCCGUCCCGAUGUCCUGCUGCCGGACAUCUGAUCUUCGAUGUUCGCUCUUGUGUAUAGUAUAUAGUUACAACGUUACAAUUGUCGAAAUAAAAAUUUAGUAGUAGUAGUA